CUAAAACCCCAAACCCUAGAUCCAUUGAUGAUCGAUCGAAUGGGAAAUGAUGCAUGAUGAUGAUGAUGAUGAUGAUGAUGAACAUUGAUGGUAGUUUAGGGUUGGAGAUAGCGGAGAGGUUUGCGUACUACGGGGUGGCGUCGAACCUGAUAACGUACCUGACGGGGCCGAUGGGGGAGACGAACGCCGCGGCGGCGGCGGCGGCGAACGCGUGGUCGGGGGCGGCGUCGAUGCUGCCGCUGCUCGGCGCCCUCCUCGCCGACUCCUGCCUCGGCCGAUACCGCACCAUCGCCCUCGCCGCUCUCCUCUACGUCCUGGGCUAUGGCAUGCUGACUCUCUCUUCGACGGUCCCGUCUAUCCGCCCUCCGGAUUGCACGAACUCUGCGAAUCCCUCGGCGUGCCAUCCGUCGCCUUUCCAAGUCGCAUUCUUCUACUUCUCCCUCUACCUACUUGCCUUUGCUCAAGGCGGCGACAAGCCGUGCGGCCUUGCAUUCGGAGCUGACCAGUUCGACCAAAAUGACCCUAAGGAGUGCGUCUCGCGGAGCUCCUUCUUCAAUUGGUGGUACUUCGCCAUGUCCAUGGGCAUCACCAUCGCGGUUAUCGUACUAAGUUAUGUUCAAGAUAACGUCGGUUGGGGCCUCGGCUUUGGAGUCCCCGGUAUCAUUAUGUUCUUGGCUCUUGUUAUCUUCUUGCUCGGGACGAAGACGUAUCGAUGUUAUAUAGUGGAGAAGGAGAGCCCCUUCGCUCGAAUCGGCAAGAUGUUUUUGUCAUUGGCGAGGAGUUGGAAAGCGAGCCUUCUUCGGCCGAGAGAAGACAUCGAAAGACAACAGACCAAAUCUUCGACAUCGGAAGACGAAUGUGAACAAAAACGGAUAGACGAAGCCAAAGGAGUGCUCCGAUUGUUCCCGAUAUGGGCGACUAGCUUAGUUUACGCCGUCGUCUUCGCCCAAUUGACCACCUUCUUCACCAAGCAAGGGAGGACUCUAGAUAGAGCCAUUACUUCAAGCCUGCAAGUACCGCCCGCGGCUCUCCAAAGCUUCGGAACUCUCUCCAUCAUCGCCUUCGUCCCGCUCUAUGAUCGAAUCCUCGUACCCUCAGCAAGGAAGUUCUCAAAGGUGCAUUCGGGCAUCACCAUGCUUCAAAGAAUCGGCGCGGGGAUGGUCGUGUCCUUGCUCUCGAUGGUGGUAGCAGCUCUCGUCGAAACGAAGAGGCUCAAUACCGCUAGGGACUCCGGCUUAAUCGACGAGCCAAAUGCCACUGUUCCAAUGAGCUUUUGGUGGUUGGUUCCUCAAUACGUGCUUAUCGGUAUCGCCGACGUGUUCACCAUAAUAGGGUUGCAGGAGUUCUUCUAUGAUCAGGUUCCCGAUGGUUUACGAAGCCUCGGUCUCGCUCUGUGCUUGAGUAUAUUGGGCGUCGGGAACUUCAUUAGUAGUUUCCUUAUUUCUGCGAUCGAUAAGAUGACGAGGAAGAACGGAGAUAGCUGGUUCUCGAAUAACUUGAACCGUGCACAUCUCGACUACUUCUAUUGGCUUCUCGCGGUGCUCAGUGCUUUGGAAUUGUGCUUGUUCUUAUACUAUGCGCGGAGUUAUAACUACAAGAAGAAGAUUGCACCGUUGAUCGGGGUCGUGGACUACCUCGGCCGUCCGAUCGCCCGCUCCCGCUCCGGGCAGUGGACCUCCGCCCUCUUCAUCAUCGGUGUGGAGAUCACGGAGCGGUUCGCGUUCUACGGCAUCUCCUCGAACCUUGUCAUGUACCUCACAGGGCCCCUCCGCGAGCCCACGGCCGCUGCCGCCGCCGCCGUGAACACGUGGUCAGGUGCCGCCUCUAUGCUCCCGCUCCUCGGUGCACUUCUUGCUGAUUCGUGCCUCGGGCGCUACCGCACCAUCGUCCUCGCCUCCCUCCUCUAUGUGCUGGGCCUCGGCAUGUUAACCUUCUCAUCAGUCCUACCAUCCAAAUGCCAAGAAGCCGUUGAUACUGGUAGCUGCGGCCCUCCGGCUUUCCAAGUUGUUUUUUUCUACUUCUCCCUCUAUCUCGUAGCUUUCGCCCAGGGAGGCCACAAGCCGUGCGUCCAAGCCUUCGGCGCCGACCAAUUCGAUCAGAACGACCCCAAGGAGCGCUUGUCGAGAAGCUCCUUCUUCAACUGGUGGUACUUCGGGAUGUGCGGGGGCAACAUCUUCACCGUAACAAUCUUGAACUACAUUCAAGACAACGUCGGUUGGGGACUUGGGUUCGGAAUCCCGUGCAUCGCCAUGUUGAUCGCGCUCGCGGUAUUCUUGCUCGGGACGAAGACAUAUCGGUUCUAUCCUUUGGAAGACGAGAGCCCCUUCACACGAAUAGGCAAAUCAUUGGUGGCGCUUGCUAGAAGCAAGCGAGGAACGGCGAACUCGAAGACAUCAAAUGAAUGCAUUGAGAAUGAGGAUCAUGCCGAGGACGCUAAAGAGGCACUUAGACUGUUUCCUAUAUGGGCAACUUGCCUGAUAUAUGCAGUAGUUUUCUCGCAGUUUUCGACCUUCUUUACUAAGCAAGCUAGCACCUUAGACAGGAGGAUAACUUCAACACUCCAAGUACCGCCAGCCGCGCUGCAAAGCUUCAUCAAUGUAUCGGCAGUUGCUUUUAUCCCCAUCUACGAUCGACUAAUCGUACCAGUGAUCCGGAACUUCUCGAAGAUCCCUUCGGGAAUCACCAUGCUUCAGAGGAUCGGCAUCGGGAUGGUCAUGUCUCUUCUCUCGAUGGUCGUAGCCGCUCUGGUGGAGAUGAAGAGGCUCAAAGCUGCUUCUGAUUACGGCCUGAUCGACCAACCGGAUGUGCCGAUUCCCAUGAGCUUGUGGUGGAUAAUUCCGCAGUACGUUCUGGUCGGAACCGGCGAUGUGUUCACAAUGGUCGGGUUGCAGGAGUUUUUCUACGAUCAAGUGCCUGAUGCAUUGAGGAGCCUCGGAUUAGCUCUAUAUCUAAGCAUUUUCGGCGUAGGGAGCUUUAUCAGCAGCUUUCUUGUGACGGCGAUCGACGUCGCGACGAGGAAGAGCGGAGAGAGCUGGUUCUCGAACAAUCUGAAUCGGGGCCAUCUCGAUUACUUCUACUGGCUUCUCGCCGGGCUCAGCGGUUUAGAACUGGUGUUUUAUGUUUACUUCGCGAAAGGAUAUGUCUACAAGAGAAAGGAAAAUAGCAUUGUUAGGUGAUAUGGUUGAAGAGUUGAAUCUCUCUUUUACGAAUCGCGAAGUUGUCGCAGUAGCAUAUGUAAAAUGUUAUGUACUUGCCUGGUUGCUGUAAAGAGUUUGCAAUUGGAAAUUUUGCAUCAACAUCACAAGAUUUCCGCGAAUUUCCCAUUUUUUGGCAAGCAUGUGUAAUUGCAUAAAUACCCUUGCAUAAUUCAAAUAUAUGUGGAAUUAGAUGAAUAA